AUCACUGAUCCACGGAAAGAGCCGAAGAUGUCGGCUCGGUCAUGUGAUCAGCUGUGUCCAAUCACAGCUGAUCACAUGGGACAUCUACACAGAUCAUCAGAGCACUGAUGAUCAGUGUGCCCUGAUGAUCUGUGUAGCCCCAGCAGCGCCACCAGUGCCCAUCAGUGCCACAUUUCAGUGCCCAUCAGUGCCACAUCAAUGCCACAUAUCAGUGCCCAUCUGAUCUGCCUUUCAGUGUCAGCCAUCAGUUCCAGUCAGUGCCACCUAUCAAUGCCAGUCAGUGCCACCUAUCACUGCUGGCAAUCAGUGCAACCUAUCAGUGCCAGUCAGUGCCGCCUAUCAGUGUGCAUCAGUGCUGCCUAUCAGUGCCCGUCAGUGCUGCCUAUCAGUGCCGUCUAACAGUGCCAGUCAGUGCCGCCUAUCAGUGCCAGUCAGUGCCGCCUAUCAG